AAAGGCGGGGCACGGGAGGAAAGGGCGACGCCGCCGAUUGGGCAGCGGCGAGUCUCUCCUCCCCUCCAAUGGAAGAGGCCCGCGACGCUGAUUGGUCGGAGAUGGCGCAAGAGUUGCGUCAUGCGGGGGCGCGCUUCAAGGACUAUCCCGGGCGAAGAAGCGGGAGGAGGGAGUUGGCAUUUGGAAACCGGCAGCAGCCCAGGGAGGAGGAUGAGCAGCGAGAGGAGAAUGAGCCGCAGCCAGCAUCUGGGGGAAAGGAUCGCGGGCGAGAAGGGGCCGCGCAGGAAGCUUCGAAUGAAAAAUCUCAUCAUAAUGCGCUUUCACACUUGAAAACAGAUACAGCCUGGAAAUACCUUAAUCAUGAUGGCAGAGUCGCUGCCCUUCUCUAUGGGCACCCCAGUGCCCACCUGGGAGCUGGAGGCUUGGUACGAGGACUUGCAGGAGGUGCUCUCCUUGGAUGUAACCAGCAGGACAGGCCCCCCCAUAGGGGGACAGGAGCAGUUGCCUGGACAAGGAGAGCUACUGCUGGAGUUGGAUGGAGUUGACAGUUCUGCCCUGCUGUGGAGUUCGGAGGAGUUGGUUCCCUUGGAGCCCAGUGUGGGUGAGGCAGCUGUCAACUGUGAGCUGGACUCUGAUUUCACAGCUGAGCUCCUGGAACUGCUGGGUGAGGAGCCUGCAGGACAGCCCGAGUCAGACUGUAGCCACAGUUCCCCGACCCAAACCGGUACAGAUGACGACGAGGUGGCAUCUACCAGCCGGAAGCGGAAGCGGAGUGGACAGCCCCAGGGAGGCAAGAGGCAGCGUGGCAGAGAGCGGGAGCAGGAGAAUGAGCGCAGAGUAGCAGAGUUGACUGCCCAUAAUCAACGGCUCCAAGAGGAAAUAGAGCGGUUAAGUGCAGAGGUGGAGGCCACCAGAGCAGCACUUAUACAGCGGAUGGUGAGCCUAAAGACUUAAUGGAUCUGGAGUGCUUCUGUCAGUAGUACUACAACUUAGCUAGCAUUUCAGCGACUUACCAUGGACCAAACAAAAUAAGACAUUGGUGUUCUCAUCCUGGGCAUCUGGGACUUAUACAGCAUGCCAAGAGGAACAGGGCAGGUGCCCUACAGACUGCUGAACUGAGCAAUACUACCUGGCUUUGAACUUAUUACUUCUGCUUUGGCUUAGCAAGCCUGUGUGACAAAUAGAUAGCUCUUUGCCAAGAUGAACUAAAGGCAAUAUGCAGCAACAUUAUUGGGAGUGGUCCCCAUUCAGAGAACACCAUCAUGAUGUCUGCUGGUUGUACUAGACUUUUAAUAAUUAGCCACCUCCCUUAUACUCCUGCUCAACUUCCCUCAGUGUGGUGGCAGGAGGAAAAGAAAUAACAUGUAUGGCUGAAUGCAAUAGCUUUUGUACUCAUACCUGUAUAUUUAAGCAAUAAAAUAUUUAUUUCUCACCAUGUAAUUAAAA